GGGGCGGGGGAGGCUGCUAGCCAGAACUCCUGGGUUCUAAUGGGUUAGAGCCGGGGAAGCAGGAGCUAGGAUGCCUGGGUCCCCUGCGGAGGGAGUGGGGCUGUACUAGGCUGCAGCAGGGGGAGCGGGAAACUAGGUCUGUUGAGUUCCCAAGGAGAAGAGGAGGCAUAGCGGGAAGACAUGUGCAAGCGAGGGAGACGGGGCUUUAUUGUGGCGCUAAUGCAGAGUGGCAUGCUGAAGAGCAUUUGUAGGGUGCACAGCUGAUUUGGGGGGUGUUUUGAGGGGAAGAAAGGCUUUUACAGGUGGUUUUGCGGAGUUUAAAGGAGCUGCAAUGCAGUAUUGGGGGGCUCCUUCUAAAGGAAUGCUGGACAGGAAUAGAGGGCAUGCAUGGAACUGUGAUGGAGCAGAGGGGCUGCCUUAUGGCGGGGGCUUUGCAUGCAUAGAAACCCUCCUAGGGUGGUAAGCAGAACGGCUUGGGAGAAUAGGAUAGACAUUUUGGGGUGCUGCCCAGUUUUGGAAGGUUAACUACUUCGUGUGUGUGUGUGUGUGUGUGACUUUGCAGCACUGAGGCUCGUUGGGUAGAUGGCCAAGUCUUGUGUUGAGGGAGGGGUGUUGGGGCAUAAUCUUGUCUAGUAUUUCAAAAGUAGUCUCUAACUGGGGGUGUGUAAUUUUGGUCAGUUCGUUGGAGGGAGGGACUGAGUCAAUCAGAUCAAGAUCCCCGCGAUUCAUUUUCUAGGUUAAAGAUCCUAUGUCAGCAUAUGAUUUUAUUUUAUUUUAUUUUAUUGGUAUGGUGGGUCAUAUUUCCGUAGAAAGGGUGUCCUAUUCAUUUUGUGGGGACAUGGCAUGCUAAUUUGAUAAAGAUUAGGUUAUGAAAAAGGUUAGCUCACCCUUUAGAGGUACAGGGUCCUAAUACAUUUUGGAGGUGCUGAUUACUCUGUGGGGCAAGUACAAAUUUGAGGGAGGGCAGUCAUAUGUGACUUGUUAGAUGCUGGUGUGGGGGGGGCAGCAUUUAUGUGGGCUAUUUAAUUCAUUAAAUGUACCCUCUUACUUCAUAGGAACUUUCUGAUACUAGAUUUCUUAGAGCUAUAUAUUUCCCUGAAGAUAUAUUCCACUGAUUCUAUGAUAUUGUAUGUUCAUGUUCUUUGUUAGAAUCUGUGUUUAAGUAGCUAUUAAACUUUUAGUAAAUAGAUUAUUCAGGGAAAGGUGAUCUGUAAUUCUUGGAAGUGUACCCUCAUUGUAUUGGAACUACAAGGGAUUUGCAUAACUCUGUAGCAUAUAGCUGAUCAACUGUAAGCAUUAAGUUGCAGAUUACAGAAACAUUAAUUGCAUUCUUCAGAGACUUCUUUAUUAUAUAUACUGCUGUUUUGGGGGCGCAAGGGAUAACUCAAGGGAAACACAGCUGGAUGAUUUGGGGAUGUAAAGAUAUUGUGGUGAAUCUACAUAAGGAAGAACCUUCCUCAUUUCUGGCAGUGGGGGACAUGUCUGGCCACUUUGAAGGUCACAGUCUAAUUUGAAGGAAGCAAUAGCUACUAAACAGGACUGCCACUACAACAUUCAGUAGGAUAACUUCCUUUUAUCAAGGUGCUCUCAAACUCUAGGGCAAUUGUUUCAUUUUUUUUGGGAAUAAUCUUCGGUAAGGGGGGGUGGAUUCUUCCACCAUCUGAUGUUCCCACAAGCCAUGUCGGCUUUUGGGGAUGCCCAUGAGUGGUACAUGGGGGCCCUGAGCCGGCAAGAAGCAGCUGCUUGUCUCCAGGGCCACCGCCAUGGAACCUUUCUAGUACGGGACAGUACCACGUGCCCUGGCGACUAUGUACUCUCCGUCAGCGAGAACUCCAAGGUUUCUCACUACAUCAUCAACACCCUCCCCGGGCAUCUGCGGAUCGGAGAGCACGAGUUCGAUGGCUUCCCUGCCCUGCUGGAUUUCUACCGCCUCCACUACCUGGAUACUACCACUCUGGUUGCCCCUGUGGGCCGCGUGGUAGCCCCUGCGCCUGCCUCUGCCCAGCCUCCGCCGGCUGGCGAAUGGGUCCGUGCCCUCUACGACUUUGUAGGCCGAGAUCAGGAAGACCUGCCCUUCAGCAAAGGGGAGCCACUGAGGGUGCUGGCCAAGCCCGAGGAGCAGUGGUGGACCGCCCAGCGCGCAGACGGGCGCGUGGGCAUGAUCCCGGUGCCCUACGUCCAGCCCUGCCCCUAUGCUCACCCCAGCAGCCAUGGCGCCCCCCGCCACGCUCCGGUCAUAGCAAGAGCGGUGCAGCGAAGGGUGCCCGGUGCCAGUGACAAGACGGCACUAGCCUUUGAGGUGGGUGACCUCAUUGCUGUCACCAAGAUGAACGUCAAUGGCCAAUGGGAAGGGGAGCUGAAUGGGCGCUGUGGUCAUUUCCCCUUCACCCACGUCAAGGUCCUGGACUCUGAAGAAACCAGCUGAGCAUUUGAUGUAACCUUUGAACUUUGACCUUCCCUGAAGCAGCCAUGACCCCGAACUCUGACCCACACCUGAGAGCUUCUUGAACAUUGUACUUCCUGACACGAGCCUUGAAUUUUGACCUGCCCAUUUGGGAGUUAUUGAUCAUCCAGUUCACUGAUAUUUUCAAAACCUUGGAUAUGGACCUCUUCUACCACCUUGAACUCCUUGACUCACUGUUCUUAAAUGCUGUGAUAGUUGACCCUAUAAACUCUGACCCUAAGAAUAUCAGUCUGUUGGCCCUGUGUGGCUUUUGACUUCAAUACUGUGCUCCCAGAUCUUGCUACUCUGCAUCCUGUGACCCCUUUCCCAUGUGUAUUUCCCCCCAGUUGACCUUGCUCGCAUGGGGGCAGGAGAAGCGCUUGGCUUUGAUGGGAUGACGAAAAUUCCUUGCCCCUCCCUCCUAUAGGAACCCUGCACCAUUUAUUGUCUGUUCCAAACCGCCUUGUUAAUUAAAGUUUCCUGCUGAUUA